UUCCUACAUGUUGGAUGUAAUGCUUGCACUCUUACACUAGAACCUAGUGGGAGGCGCAAACUAAUUUAGACCAAAAAGCCCCUAAACCUCAAGCACAACUUCCAGGAGGCGCUUCUUAAAGGUCUCGUCACCGAAGCUCUUUGUGUGUUGUUAUUUGUGCAGAUAUGCACAAAGUGAGAGACGCAGAGCAGUUGUUGUGAGGAAGCCUGUUUUUUUCUCUUCUGUUUCGCUGUAUCUGCUCUCACGAAUCCCUCAGUCUGUCGUCUAAACGUCUGGACAUGAACCUCUUUCAAGAGUCCUGCUGCUCCAUUUUAGGAGUUCUCCUGGUUUUCCUUCUCCAAGGGUCAUGUGCUGAUCCAGAUGUUGAGGUGCACAAAGCUGUUGGAGACUCACUGGAAUUAAUCGCUGAUUAUCCAAAAGAUGGUCUUGAAGUGCAGUGGAAAUAUAAUGAGAUUAUAUUUGCUGAGUAUCGAAAUGAUGAUCUCCAAAAAGUGAAAUCUGAAUUAUUAAACAGGUCAAAGAUGAACAAGAACAAUAUUAGUGUAACAGUAACAGACCUUAAACUCCAGGAUUCUGGAAAAUUCUCUGUUGUUGCAGAACGUAAAACCAAUCCUGAACAAUAUAAAUCAAAAGUCUUUGAACUACAUGUUCAUGAUCUCAUCAGAAAGGUACAGAUUGAGGACAGUUAUGUCUGGCUGCAAUCAAAGAAUAUCUGCAUGUUUCAUCUUCGGUGCGUGGCGUCUGGGCCUCCGAGUCCCUCCUACAGCUGGAUCAGUCCUCAGACUCAAGGACCACAGCUGAAUAUCAACCUCAGUUUAACAGAGAGUGCUACACUCAACUGCACAGCCAACAACACCGUCAGCAUCAAGUACACUACCAAGACUGUAGUGUGCAAAUCUGACAAUUUGACAUCAGGUUUUGGUCAGGAGUAUGUGCUGAUCGCGGCAGGCGUCUGUAUCGUCGCUGUGGUCAUAUUCAGUGGAGCAGUGGCUGUGUGCUGCAGGUGGAGGAAGAAUAAAGGACAAGGAGAAAGUGAAGCUGGUAUUACAGUAUAUGAAGACGUGAACACUGAUGGCGCUGCAAAGAAACGAUCUGAAAGUGUUGUAAACGGGAUGACCAUUUAUGAAACGGUGGAUGACACAAAACUCUCACAAAUCUUGCCUCAAACCCUGUACGACAAAAUCAGCUUUCAGCGUCACCCUGAGGUCAGCACCAGCACUUCCUCCCCUUACCAGGAAGUCCUGUGAGAGAGACACAGACAGACGGUCCGUGUAAUGUUUUGUCCUCUUAUCUCUGGAUAUCCAUAUGCAUUAUUGGCUGCAGCAGUUGACCUUUGAACUCUCGCAUUAAAUGUGCUGUGUAUUUAAUGUAUUACGUUGACACUUUUUUAUGAAGAUUUUUUUUUUUUUUUUUUUUUUUUUUUUUUUUUUUUUUUGCAUAUGCAGAAUUCACAAUGCAACACAGUAUUACAUCAUUCAAAAGUUUAAUUGGGCUCAGUAAGAUUCUUUUUGAAAGAAGUAUUUUAUGCUCAGCAAGGCUGCAUUUAUUUGACCAGAAAUACAGUAAAAACUGUGAAAUAUUUUUACAAUGUCAA